AUGUCAGAAGUCAGAACCACGAGCUUCGUGAUCAGUGAUCACCGGAACGCGAACAUUCAUUUAAAUGAAUUAGAACCAAAACCACAAUAUCUGAAACUUAGAGAACCUUUAUCUGUUGAAAAACAAAUAGCUGUGGCUUUAUAUAAAUUAGCUAGCACUGCAGAAUAUAGAGUUAUUGGCAAUACAAUGGGUAUCCAUAAAUCAACUGUUAAAAAGUGUGUAUAUAAAGUAGUUAAAGCUAUUAAUCAAAUUAUGCUUCAAAAUUAUAUAUACAUGCCUCAUGAAAAGGAGGCUAAAUUUAUAGCUCAAAAUUUUGAAGAGAAAUGUGGUAUUCCACAAAUUAUUGGCAGCAUUGAUGGGACUCACAUUGAAAUUAUUCCACCAAGUGAAGGAUGUAAAGAUUUUGUUAAUAGAAAAGGAUGGCCUUCAUAUAAUGUUUUAGCAGUAGUCGAUCAUAAUGGAAGGUUUAGAAAUAUUGUGGCAAAACAUCCGGGAAGUUGUCAUGAUGCUGCUGUUUUAAAAGAUAGUACUCUUUAUAAGAAUUCUAAUACAAUAAUACCUAAGGAAACUCAAAAUAUUAAUGGAAUGGAAAUACCCUUUAUAAUAGUUGGAGAUCCUGCUUAUCCGUUAUUGCCAUGGCUUUUAAAAGGAUAUUCUGGUUCAUUAUCAGCAGAGCAAGAAUCUUUCAAUGUAUAUUUAAAUUCUGCUCGAGUGUCUGUCGAAAUGGCUUUUGGCAGAUUAAAAGCAAGAUGGAGAAUUUUGCAUCAAAUUAACUGUGACUACAUAUUUGCGCCAGAAAUAAUUGUAGCUUGUUGUAUAUUGCAUAAUUUUGUUGAAAGCAAAAAAGAAAGAUUCUAUUCUGAAUGGUUACAAGAAGCUGAACAAUUACAACUCUUAACACCGCAACCAACAUGUGCAACUAAUUAUCAAAGAGAUUCAGUACAAGGUACAGAGUUGCGAAAUCAUUUGAAAGAAUAUUUAUCACAGAAUUUUCCAUUGAGAAAAGCAUUAAUACGACCAUAA